AAGCAACAUCAAGAAGAAGAAGAAUGCCGGACACAAACAAAACAAAAGUGCAUUUUAUUGCGGAAUUUAAAGCUUAAAUGCAAACGCUUAAUUAAAACAUAGACAAUUAAACAAUUGCAUAAUGUACUGGUACAUUGUGUCUGUGCUGCUGCUCUUCUGCACGGCCAAGACGCAGCCCGUCACUGUGGAUUGCAACGAGCUGCUGAUGGGUCAAUAUAUGUGCCCCGAUCCCGCCAAGCAUCACAUUGAUCCCGAAACCCAGCAACUGCGCGGCUGCACCAAAGAGAAUCGAGCGCCCGUAUGGUGCAUAGCUGCCCACGAUAUCAACUGCACCGAGACGGGUAACUCAACGUUCACGCGUCAAACCACCUGCAAAUGGACCAAUGGAUAUCAUUUGGACACCACGCUAAUGCUAUCUGUAUUCCUUGGCAUGUUUGGCGCGGAUCGCUUUUACUUGGGCUAUCCGGGCAUUGGUUUACUAAAAUUCUGCACGCUGGGUGGAAUGUUUCUGGGCCAAUUAGUUGACAUUGUGCUGAUCGCAAUGCAGGUUGUGGGACCAGCGGAUGGAUCGGCCUAUAUUAUACCUUACUAUGGAGCUGGCAUUACUAUUGUGCGAAGUGAUAAUACCACAUACCGUUAUUGCAAUCAGCUCUACUGCAUGCAACAAUAAUAAAGGACGUAGAUGUUACCAUCUGAAAGAUCAGCUUACAUCAAACAGCAACUGAUAAAAGUGGACUAUAAAUAUUAAUAUUAUAUAUUAUAUCUCAGUGUAUUUUAUAGCAUUAGUUACUAAGUGAAGAUAAUUGUUUUAAAUUUACUAGAAUUAAACACUUCUGUAACAACCGUGUAAAUAAACCAAUUGUUGCCAAAACUAUUCCCUGUUGCCUAAGCAGGCAACAACACAAGUAA